AUAUUUCCCCAUAUUUCCCGACGGAGACACAGCAGUGAAGCUUCCCGGAUCUUUAAGGAAAAUUGGGAUGCCCUUUAUGAAGAAACAGCUGUACCCAUUGGCUCGCCACAAAACACAAACACAGUGCACAGCUGCUAGCUACAUAGGCAGAGUGAAGACCGAGGCGCAGGCCUGGCGUUAGUGAGAUUAUUUUGUUACACUUGUUUUUGGGCCAGUAUCUGAACGUAGCUGCCUGUAUUUGCGCCGUCUUUGAAUCCGUCGUAACCGAAAUUACGCGGAGGUAUCUCGUGGUUUCCAUGAAAACUGACAGAAAGAGUGAAGAGACUGGUUUAAUGUGUGUGGCAUUGAGGCAAGAGGCACCAUGAGUGCAGAGGUGGAUGCACUGACCGUGGUGAACCAGCUGCGAGAUCUUGCUGCAGACCCCUUGAACCGGAGAGCCAUAGUAGAAGACCAAGGCUGUCUGCCAGGCCUCAUCCUCUUUUUGGACCAUCCCAACCCACAGGUUGUUUACUCUGCGCUAUUGGCCGUGCGCUACCUGGCAGAAUGUCGAGCCAACAGGGAGAAGAUGAAGGGCGAGCUGGGCAUGAUGCUGAGUUUGCAGAAUGUCAUGCAGAAGAGCACCUCACCUGGGGAGACCAAACUGCUGGCCUCAGAGAUCUAUGAGAUUUUGCAGUCAGCUGGUAAAGAAGAGGCCGAAAAUGCCGAAGCAGCUGCCGCCUCCUGCCGGCGUAAAGCCCAGUUCUUUCUGGGCUCCAACAACAAGAAGGCCAAAACUGUCGUGUUGCACAUUGAUGGACUGGAUGACUCUACUCGAAGGAGCCUGUGUGAGGAGGCCUUGCUAAAGAUUCGAGGAGUCAUCAGUUUCACCUUCCAGAUGGCUGUUAAGAGAUGUGUUGUCAGGAUCCGUUCUGACCUUAGGGCUGAGGCACUGGGAACAGCCAUUAACUCCACCAAAGUAAUGAUGGCUCAGCAGGUGGUGAAGACCGAGGAUGGAGGAGAGCUAAUAGUGCCAUUCCAGGAGGAUUCGGCGGUUGUGGUUGAGGAAAACACAGACAUCCCAGACUACCUGCCUGAGGACGAGAGUCCAUCCCAGGAGCAGGACAAGGCUGUCACACGUGUAGGAUCUAUUACUGAUGGCAUGGGCUGGCUCAGCACGGCCGCCAAUUUCCUGUCACGCUCUUUCUACUGGUGACAACUUCCCGCGAUCUGCUCUUAUCUCCCUGUUUUGUCAAAGGUACCAUCCAGCUGCAGAAUUAGCAUCUCUCAGCCUCCUCCCAGGCUAAGGCCUGAACCACAGCCCUACACUAGUCUAGACUCCCGGCUCCAAAGCACACAGAGCCCAGUAACACGUGUGCAGCGAGAGCUGGACUGUCAGGUGAAACCUGCAAUAAUCUGCGUAUACCUAUUAUGAGCUACACAUCCCACUACUGGCUGUAUGUGCACAACUAUAUACUAGCUGCAUAUGUAACUAAAAGACAUAGCCAGAGGACUUUAAAUCGAAUGAAACCAAAUGGCUUUCUGGGAAUGUGUGUGUCGCUGUGUCGACUGGGUUCUGGCAGGUGUAUUUACCUAUUCUGAGGCGGAUUUUGUGUAUCUAAAAAAAAUGGAGUGUUCUCUUUGUUAAUGCAUGAUUUUUGGUUUCUUUUCUUCCCCCCUGAUGUCUAUUUCCAAUCAUCGUCCUAUUACUAUAUAUUUUUUUUCAUAUUUUUAAUCCUUUAAUUUCUUAAUAACGUCAUUUAUGUCCGUCCCUCCAGGUUUUUGUUUUAGCAUGCUUUUGUGCCAAUCUUGCCUGAUGCCAACCUCCUUGAUUAUUGUAUGCCUUUUUGACAUUUCACUGUAAUUAUUAUUUAUUCAUCAUUCAUUCAAAUGAGUUGAGAGCUUCGAGCAUGUUUAAUGUUUGUUGUUUGCUAGCAGCAGCUGCCCCCUCCCCUGGCUUUCUGCCCACUAAAGGACGUCACUUCAGUAGAAAUAGUAAAUAGACACCAGCAAGAGGCCACAUUGACUCACAUGCAUUAGACUGCAUUGCAUUCUGGAGUAACAACUAGCUGGCCAGUUGGCUGAUUCAUACAUAAACCCUCAAUGUCUGUGUUUGUGUCAGAAAUCAGGACUUUUCUGAUUUUCUGAUAAUGCAAAAGUAUUCAGCCCUACAGCGGCUGUGAAUGGACUGUGUUAAUUGCACAAAAUUUUGGCUACCUCUGCUUUUAGCCUCCUGUCCUCACAUCAGCAUUAUGGUCAUCUGUAGUUUUAGUAAAACCGUGAAUCAGCAUGGUGAAGAUGAACCUGUAAGCUGCCUGCUUGUGUAAUACAUCCCAGUGUUACCUGUAAUUCCUGACAUUGUUACAGUAUUGUAGCUGCUUCUGAUAAGUUAGUUUUCAGUUUAGCCAGCAGUGUCCUUAAAGCAAAGAUCAUGUUGGUGCAUGCUCUCAAACACACACACACACACACACGUACAGAGGACUUACUAAUGCUGGCAUAUGAGCAGUAGUGGUGUGCUGUGAGAGGGGUAUGGUUAUGUAUGUGUUGUAAAUGGUGCCUGAUUCCCUAAAAUCUCGUACGUGUGAAGGAUUUUUUUUUGGAAUUUUUGUAAUAAUGGUUUUAAUUUUAAGUUGGAUUAAGAGGUUCAAACUGUUAAUGCUCUUAGUGAGUUUUUUUUAACCUUCACAACUAAAUGACUCUCUACAUUUAAAUAUUUUGACAUAUUUGAACGUCAUGACUUUUAGUCUUUUGGUGUAGUGGAGAUUUCAAAACGGAUACACGGCAAGAAUUGACCUGAAUAGCCUGAACUGAUGGUGGCUACCCUCUGGAAAAGCAAUAAUCACUUUUGUAUUUAAUGUAGUGAACAUAGUUCAAUAACAGCCUAAAAAUCAAUGUUUUUGGAGAGGACGGUAUUAGUUGGAAACAAGACUUGUGAGCAAUAUUAAAAUUGCUUCAUUAAUGUGUCCGUUUUCACAGAGUAAACCUCCAUGUGUAGUUUGAUUUUAAUAUUUCGUGUCUCGGCUCAUACUGCAAAGAAAUACUUGAACAUUGUUCAGAAUUGUCCGUAUGUGUUGAUCGAAGUGUAAAUUCUUUUUACUUUUAGAGUUGCCGCAGCUGUAAGGUUGACAAAGAACCUCUAAGUCCUCAAACAUGUAACAUCAUGUGUACAGACAUCCACUGUCAGCAGAUGUAAUAUAAUGUAUGCAGUUCUUAAAAUUGUAGAUUCCCAUACACUGUUACUGCAAAUAAUGAUAAAUGUAAAAAUCAAAA